AUGCUGCUGGGAGAUGUCUGUCAGGACGUGUCAGCGGUGAUCUAUGGGGCGAAUCUUAUUGCCCUGACCAAAAAGGACGGUGGUAUACGCCCCAUUACUGUAGGGUCUACGUUCAGACGGUUAGCUGCUAAAGUGUGCGUUCGGCUCACUCGCCAUAAAUUACAAAAUCUUUUUGAGCCCGUACAGGUUGGUUUCGGCACACGUGGAGGGUGUGAAGCUGCAGUGCAUGCCGUGCGCACCUUUACUCAUUCCAAUAUGUGCGAAGUUCUUUUAAAACUAGAUGUCAAAAACGCCUUUAAUUCGGUCAACAGGGAUACCUUGCUGAAUGAAAUUAAAUUGCAUGUUCCGGAAUUGUACAACUUUUUACUACAAUGCUACCAUACUCCUUCAAAAUUAGUACACAAAUAUAAUGAGAUUGAUUCGGCCACGGGUUGUCAGCAGGGUGAUCCCCUCGGUCCAGCUAUUUUCAGUUUGGCAAUUAACUCAAUAAUUCACGGUUUAAAUUCAAAAUUAAACAUAUGGUACCUUGAUGACGGAACCCUAGGUGGAGACUUUAAAACAGUUUUGAAAGAUUUAAUUGAUAUAAAAAACAAGUUCUCUAAUAUUGGUCUGGAAUUAAAUUUUGAUAAAUAUAGUCUCUACCUACUUGGUUCACCGAUAUUUGAUGAGGCCAUACCUUCCCUUCUUAGUAAAUCAAUUUCAAAAUUCACUGACUAUUCGGACCGCCUCACCAAAAUUAGCAGUCACUCUGCGUUAUUCGUUCUAAAAUUCUGUUUAUUCAUACCAAAAUUAACUUACUUGCUCCGUUGUUGCCCUAUUUGGAAAUACCCCACUUUGGUCCAACCUAUUGAUCAACUUUUAAAAAAUAAAAUUGAAUUAAUACUCAACAUAAGUUUUGGCGAAGAGGCAUGGACCCAAGCCUCCCUUCCAAUUAGGAAUGGAGGCUUAGGAAUCCGAAAAAUUUCUUGUGUAGCCCUGCCGGCUUUCUUGUCCUCUAUCCACAGCACAUCUAAUCUCGUAGGUAAUAUUCUUAAGGUCCCUGCGACUACAAACUACGAGAUUGCGUGCUUGGAUGAGGCCACAAAUGCCUGGCUAACCGGACCGAGUCCAAAUCUACCCUCCAAGCUACAAAGCCAAAGGGCCUGGGAUUCCAUUUCAUCUAAUUUUAUUUUCAGUUCUCUUUUGGAAAAUUCCUUUAGCAGAGAUAGGGCUAGACUAUUAGCCGUGUCCAGACCAGAGUCCGGACAUUGGCUUCAUGCCUAUCCAUCUCCUGCUUUAGGAACUUUUCUAAAUCCCCUAACUCUUCGCGUGGCUGUGGGUCUCAGAGUCGGGGCUGAAGUCUGUGUGGACCACAGCUGUGCCUCUUGUGGGGUUUCUGUUGAUCGCCUAGGUCACCAUGGUCUUGCCUGCUCCUCGGGUGCCGGCCGCCAAUCCCGCCAUGCUGCUCUCAAUGACAUCCUGAGACGGGCGCUUGUCAGCGCCGACGUCCCCGUGGCCCUUGAGCCCCAGAUCGUGCGAGACGAUGGCAAGCGCCCCGACGGGAUGUCAUUGAUACCCUGGCGCAUGGGUCGCGCGCUGGUCUGGGACGCCACUUGCGCAGAUACGCUGGCGGCGUCCUACCUCCCUGCGACCAGUAAACAGGCUGGUGCGGCGGCGGACGCCCGGGAGCGCUUCAAGACCAAUAAAUACAGUUGUCUUGGCACCCAGUACGAGUUCGUACCGUUUGGUGUCGAGACACUUGGUCCUUGGGGCAAGGGCGCGCGGGAGCUCCACAAGGCGCUCAGCAAACGCCUGAGGGAGGCAACAGGAGACCCUCGCGCGGGCAGCUUUCUUGCGCAGCGUAUUGCUAUUGCAAUACAGCGCGGGAAUGCUGCCUGCGUGAUGGGAACCCUUCCUAGGGGUCCAAAUUUAAACAAUAAUCAAAAUACACGACCUAGCGGAGCUCCAAGCUCGCGUUAA